CGUUGGUUAGUAAAAGAGUGUUUUUUACUUUCUCAAGAGUUUCAAUUUCUUCUUCUUCAGCUUUAUACGCAUUUAAAGCGCCGACGAAGUUGAACACUGAAGAAGAAAAAGAGGAGACGACACGAUUUUUGUCUGAAUUAUCAGAUUCAGAUUUCGUUUAAUCGCCAGAUUCAUUUCGAAAAAUCUUGCACUAGAUUCUCUUAUCUUCGGGAAAUUGAAGAUCUGGGUCAUAAGCAAUAGCUUAAAGCAUGGACGAAAGUAAUUAUCUCUCUUGACUCUUCAACUAUGAGCUUUGAGGUUAAUUUUACUAGAAUAUUGAGUCACAGAGUUCCAUUUAUAUCUAGUUACAGAGUUGAGUUGUGAAUUUGUUUUGUCCUAGUUGAGAUUGAGAUGACUUAGAUGAGAUCACUAGACGACGUUGUUUCUCUCCUGUCCAUUUUCAUUUUUCAUGAUUUUGUUUGAGUGAAAGUGUUGGAAAUGUACUACAAAGUUUUUAAAAGGAGGAUAUACACAUAUAUAUAUGUGUUGCUUUGAACCUUCUUGGAUAUGUGUGCAAGUAAAUAUUGUAUCUGUUUCAUUGCAGAUUCUAAAUUUGUAUCUGGAAACGGUAGAACCGAGCUGGUUAAAUUCAUUGCUGAUAGGCAUGCCAAACUCAUGAAACAAGCCUCUCGACAUUAUUCCGCAAUUAAAGAUGCUAUGGCUCGUGGGAAAAAAAGAUAUACACUUGUAAAAGAUGUAGACGACAUGGAAACAGGAGCAUAUGACAAACCUCUUCCAUGCUUUGGUUGUGGAAUCGGAUGGUUUUCCUUCCUCCUAGGAUUUAUGUUCCCAUUUUUGUGGUACUAUGCUGCAUUCCUUUAUUUCGGGAACUAUUAUCGUAAAGAUCCUAGAGAAAGAGCCGGUCUUGCUGCUUCCGCAAUCACUGCGAUGGGCUUCUCUCUUGUCUUACUCGUGAUUUUUGCUUUCCGGUGGUUUUACUAUCCUUGAGAUAAAGAAGUAACUAUGUUAACUAUCAUUCAUACCUAUAAGCUCCGUGUUCAUCAAGGAAUAGUCUCGGAACUUGAUGUCUCAUGUACAUUCACAUAAACCAAAUGAAUUUCACUUCGAUAUUUUUCUCAAGUUGUAUAUUUUUUUUGUUGAAUGAAAGUUUUUCAGUCCCUUACUAAGGUGGACCAAACUACAAGCCGUUUUAUAUAUCCAUAAAAUCUUCAAGACGGCAUGAUGUGCAACUCUCAAAAUGUAAAAACGGAGUAUGAUGUUUCCAAUGAUAGAGAGAGGUACGGUAGGUUCGUGUAUCUUUUGUACUUAUCAACAAAAGAGAAGUUUGAUUGAUUCGAUUAUUCUCAAUCGCUAAAAGCUUCCAAUUGGUUAAUGCCAGGACAAAUUUGUGGA